AUGCAGCCUCUCAGCAAGUCCUUCUCAGCUUUUUCUCUCCAAUCUCAGAUUCCAUCGGCCACAUUGUCCAUGGAAGUGAGCUACAUAUUCCAUUCGCACCUGAUUGGCAGAGCUGGGAAGAAUAUCAACCGUGUGAUGGACACCGGAACGCGCAUACAUUUCCCUGAUUGCAAUCGCAUUGCCGGUGAAUUCAAAAGGAACAGCGUCAUCAUUCGUGGUCCGAUUGCUAAUCUCGAAAAUGCUCGUCAACGUAUUCGGGCGGAUAUUCCGGUAGAGUUUAUCGUCGAUUGCAACAUUGAACGAGUAAAUUCCAUCGGCGAAUCUUCGUUAAGUGAUAAUUUUUCCAAGACAUUUGGUGUCUUGAUGCGUUUCUAUCCGAAGAUUGAUGGCGUUAGUUGCCAGGUCAAUAUCCGUGGGCAACAAGAUCGUCUUCAACUUCUCAAAGACGCUGUCACGUAUUUUGGACGUGUAACUCAUACGUCUGUGGAUUCGGUGGUGAUGAAAGUGGAAACAUCGUUCGAUCACGUAUGGAUUGUUCGGGACUACAUCGACAAAAUCGUCACAGCCACAGGUACCGGAAUUCGUUGUGCGAAUGUUUCUGUUCUAAAGGAUCUGCCGAAAAAAAUAUUGCGUUUGGAUUCGUGGGUCUAUGGAUCAAGUUUACAUGGCCAGUUCUAUGUUAAAUGGACUGCUGCCGAUGCAGUUAAUGGUUCAAAUCCCUUCAGAUCGCUUCAACCGCCAUCUUUUAGGUAUAGCGCAAAAUAUGGACGUAAUGUUUCACGUGGAACACCCCAGUUCAGAUAUUCUGACGAUAAGACUCUCUUCGUAUGA